AAACCCCACAUUGCAUAUCAUUUGCUGCAAAAACCCUAAUGUUAAAAUUCUUCAUCUGAGACGCCUUGCGAUCGGAGAGAGUGACAGCCCAGAGCCUCUGAAGAUCACCGGCCGACGGCGUAAUUCGUCUUAAACAAAACCGCAAAUGGCGGAGAAGGCAGUAACUAUCAGGACGAGGAAGUUCAUGACAAACCGUCUCCUCUCGAGGAAACAGUUUAUCAUUGACGUGUUGCAUCCAGGAAGGGCGAACGUCUCUAAGAUCUCUAGUCAAAAUAAAAUGGUGGGGUUGUGGACUGGAGGUCUACUCACUGUUGUUUAUUCUUCUUUUCUGAAGGCUGAGUUGAAGGAGAAGUUGGCUAGAUUGUAUGAGGUUAAAGAUUCGAACGCCAUCUUUGUGUUCAAGUUUAGGACUCACUUUGGUGGAGGCAAAUCUACGGGCUUUGGUUUGAUUUAUGAUUCUGUUGAGAGUGCGAAGAAAUUUGAGCCUAAAUACAGACUUAUCAGGAAUGGUCUUGAUACCAAGGUUGAGAAGUCAAGGAAGCAAAUGAAAGAAAGGAAGAACAGAGCCAAGAAAAUCCGUGGUGUUAAGAAGUCGCUCGUAGCAAAUGAGGAUUUCCAGCACAUUCUGCGUGUGCAGAACACGAACGUGGACGGGAAGCAGAAGAUCAUGUUCGCUCUGACCUCCAUCAAGGGUAUUGGCCGCCGUUUUGCGAACAUCGUCUGCAAGAAGGCCGACGUCGACAUGAACAAGAGGGCCGGUGAACUCUCAGCUGCAGAAAUCGACAGCUUGAUGGUGAUUGUAGCCAACCCUCGUCAAUUCAAAAUCCCAGACUGGUUCCUGAACAGAAAGAAGGAUUACAAGGAUGGGAAGUACUCUCAGGUGACAUCCAAUGCCCUUGACAUGAAGCUUAGGGAUGACCUUGAGCGCCUCAAGAAGAUCAGGAACCACCGUGGUUUGCGUCACUAUUGGGGCCUCAGAGUGCGUGGACAGCACACCAAGACUACCGGCCGUAGGGGAAAGACUGUUGGUGUCUCCAAAAAGCGAUGAACAUUGUUCGUUACUGUUGUUUUAUGCGUGAUUUUAUCUGCUUUUAGGAUUCUCAUUACUCAUUGGACCCAAGUGGUUAUAUGUUCCACCGAGUUAUGUUAUCCUUUGUUUUGGGAUUUCUGAAGUUUUGUGUUGCGUGUCGAUGCUGAGAAAUUCGUUAGUGCUUAAGGUUUUGUGUUGUUUUCACUCUGAGAAAUGGAGUUUGCAUUUGUCCUGCAAUCGUUUCACUUGAAAUGUAGUUGAUACGUUGUUUUGAUUAAUUCUCAGACUUAGAAAGUGUUGUUAUGCCUUUGGUUCUUGAUUUAAGUUGAAAGGUAUUGGGUGAAUUGAUUACAUUCCUGCCCUUCAAUUGUUCUUUUUGCUUAAAGAUUCAACAUGCGAGCAGAUGUUAUAGGCCCAGUUUAUGUAGUUGGAAGCCCCCACCUUACUGACUUGUGAUUUUUAUGGUUUGUAUCACACAGGCUUUUGGAGCACAUAGUUCACAUAAG